UCCGAAUGCAAAACGGAAGUGUUGAUAAAACAUGGCGGCGCCCAUGCCUGAUUUUGGUAAACAUGAUCAGAAAUCUAAGAAACCCUGCAGAACGUGCACCGAUUUCACAACAUGGAUGAAAAUGCAAGGGAAAACCCCUAAAAAGGAAGAAACUACCAAUUCUGCCCCACUACCAGCUGAGUGCCCUCUAGAUCGUGAUGACUUGGGUCGGAAUACAUGGUCAUUCCUACACACGAUGGCGGCCUACUUCCCAGAGUCUCCUUCACAGGUUCAGCAGAAAGAGAUGAAGGACUUUGUCCAUCUCUUCUCCAAGUACUACCCUUGUGAUUACUGUGCUGAAGACCUGAGGCAAAACCUGAAGACAAACACUCCUGAUACAAGCAAUAGACAUCAGUUUUCACAAUGGCUAUGCCGUCUUCAUAAUGACGUGAAUCGCAAACUUGGGAAACCAGAAUUCGAUUGUAGACGGGUUGAUGAGCGAUGGAAGGAUGGAUGGAAAGAUGGAUCAUGUGGUUGACGAAGGACAGAUCUAGGUUCUUUUAAAAGUGUGAUUGAACAGUUUGGUGUGUUUGUCAUUGGUUGACCAGCUGACUGGUGGGCUAGUAAUUUGUGUAUUCGGAUGGCAACAAGAGGAGACUUUGAAUCAGAGUAUGUUGUAUAAUGUAAAUAACAAUUGCAUCAAUAAUUCGACAAUUAGAAAUAUAGCUCACAGGAUUAAAGAUUGAUCCUGAAAUUGUCUGUUAUAUGUGGCUUCUCUGUUCACAUCUUCACUGUCAUCCAGGUUAGGUAUAUAUACUACCGGGUACUCAAAAGAAGUUAAACAUCCAAUGUUUUCAUAUGACUACAGUUAUAGGAUCGGAUGGUAAGGCUUACUGACUUGGUUGAUGCAUGUCAUCGUAUCCCCACUGCAUGGAUUUUUGCUCAUAAUGUCAGUCACUGGAUUGUCUGGUCCAGACUCGAUUACUUACAAAUUGCCGUCAUAUAGCUGGAAUGUUGCUGAGUGCGGCGUUAAACAAGAAACAAAACAAACAAAAAACACUGAUAUAUUCCUCCUGUUAGGGUCUAUAACUGCAGUAUAGAUUAACUUAAAAUAUAAUUUGUAAUCUCUAGAGAGGUAGUGCCCUUAUUAGUGAAGUAUUAACCAGAAGUGUUUAUCACUGUGAUAGUUCCAAUGUGAUUGGAAUAAAGUAUAUUCUACUGUUCAUGACUGUCCUCUGUGCUGCUUAUGUUGCAAUGAAUGUGAAAUGUACUUUUUUUGUCAUGUGUUAGGAUGUAAAUGCUUUUUUUAUAUACUUGUUACUGAAAACUGUAAUAAAAAUGGCAUCUAUUUUUGUACCUUGGUCCCACAAA